UUUUUAAUUUAACAAUCUAUUGCAUAUAUAUAAAAUUUCAAUGAAAUCAUAAAUAAUUAAUCUUUUUGAUUUUUCCGUUUCAAAAAAAACUUAUAUUUUUAGAAAAAUAAUUUUCAUUAUUUAUGAUUAAAUUUUUUCAAAUCGGUUUAAAAUUAAUAGUAUUGUUAUUGUUCGAGAAUUAUUCACAAAAUAAUUAUUAAAUGUUAAUUAAAAUUAGUUUAAAUUUCAAUAAUCGCAAUAUUUAUAUAGUUCUUAGUAUUCAUUCUGUAUAAUAAUUUCUAUAGAAUUUAUAUGGAAAGUAUAUAAUUUCUUUGAUCGAUUAGUUCAUUUAUUUAUUCAUUGAUUUGUUUGACAAUUGGUUUCUAAAUUUAAAUAUUAAUGGAUUUGUUAAUUAAUUCAUCGAUACAUUCAUUAAUACAUUCGUUAAAAUAUAUUUGUCAAUUUAUUUCUCCAUAUUUAAUCUAUCCUCCAUGUUAAUCUAUUUGUCGAUUGGUUCAUCAUCGAUAUAUUCAAUCGAUUUAUUAAUCUAUUUAUCGAUGCAUCUAUUAUUCGUUGCAUAAAUUAUUCGUUGAUUAAUUUUUUAAUUUAUUUGUUAAUGUUAUUGCUUAGCUUAAUUAAAUUAAUUUAUACAAUAAUUCAUUUUUCUCUUAUUUACCAAUUUAUUUAUUAUUUAUCGAUCUAUUCAUCGAUAUAUUCGAUAACCUAUUCAUUGGUAUAUUAAUCGAUCAGUUCAUCGAUCUAUUCAUCAAUACGUUCUUUAAUCUAUCCAUCGAUUUAUUUUUCAAUAAUAUACUGAUUGAUCGUCUCGUUAAUUCAUAUAACGACACAUUCUUCGACCCAUUCGUAAAUCUAUUCGUUGCAUCGCGUCAGUAUCGAGGCCGCGAUGAGAAAGGCGCGCCUAGGCGCCUCGUGUCUCUCGUUAGAGUGCAGGACAAAGUCGAUCGAAGGUGGUGGUCGACGGCGAAGAACGCGCGCGGAGCAGGAGGGCAUCGAGGAACGCCACUGGCCACGUGACCCGUCACCAGAAUCCGCGGCGUCCGCCGAAAAUCUAAAUCCGUCCGAGCCGAGAAGAAGAGGUACCCGCCGUCGACCUCCGGGGACUCGAUGCCUGAGACCGCAAACGCGAUAGUCAAUAAUUGCCUUUAGGGUGUACCGGAUCGGCAGAAGAAACUGAACACGAUCAUCGUCCGCGUGUGCAUCACGACCGCGAUUCGUUCGUCGAACGCAGUCCGUUCUUCAAAAACUUCCUAGGGGAGGGUAAUCAACACACAUCGGAAGAAUGAUACGCGUCGACGAAACUGAUCCAGUGGGCGAAAUCGAACCAAGCUUUCCCUAUCGAGAUGUGACGGUACGCCGGGGCGUGGAAUUCAAGGAUCAUUACGACAUUGCAUCAGAGAUCGGAAGAGGAAAAUUUGGCACCGUUUAUCGAUGUAAGGAGAAAGUAAGCGGCUUGAUGCUCGCCGCUAAGGUGGUGAACACCGCAAAAAAGGAGGACAGACGAGCCGUGGAACGAGAAGUCGAAAUUAUGAGACGAUUGCAGCAUCCACGACUUAUUCAACUCUAUGAUGCCAUUGAUAACGGGCAACAAAUAUACGUAAUUUUAGAGCUGAUUGAAGGUGGCGAACUAUUUGAAAGGGUGAUUGACGAUGAUUUUGUGUUGACUGAGCGCAGUUGCGCUGUUUUCAUGAGACAGAUCUGCGAGGGCAUAGAAUUCAUUCAUCGACAAAAUAUUUUGCAUCUUGAUUUAAAGCCUGAAAAUAUAUUGUGUUUGACGAAAGAGGGUAACAGGAUCAAAAUCAUAGACUUUGGUCUCGCGAGGGAGUACGAUCCAAAGAAGAAGCUGCAAGUUCUAUUUGGCACGCCGGAGUUCGUUGCACCGGAAGUCGUAAAUUUCGAUCAGAUUGGAUAUGGUACCGACAUGUGGAGUAUAGGCGUCAUCUGUUACGUAUUAUUAUCCGGUUUAUCGCCAUUCAUGGGAGAUACAGACAUCGAGACAAUGGCAAACGUGACCAUCGCCAAGUACGACUUUGAUCACGAUGCAUUCGCAAACAUAUCGGAAGAUGCGAAAGAUUUUAUACGAUGUCUGCUGGUCAAAGACAAAGACAAACGUAUGAUGGCCAAGGAGUGCGGAGAUCAUCCCUGGUUGGCCAAGAAGUAUACGGUGUCGAGUGUACAGCAACAGAUGGAGAAAACGGCGACGAUACCGAAGCCCCAAGCGUCCAAACACCGAAUCCCUCGUGUGCAGACGAACAGCAUGGACGAGCUGGACAUGACCAAGGACAAUCUGAAGCUGUUCGUCGAGCGUUGGCGAGAGCAUCCCGACAGCCCGUAUCUGAUCGAUUUGCCACAAUGCAUCACGCUGCCUCAUCAGUACUCGACGCCUCGCGAUCACGAGGAAUUAGUGUCGUUAAGGGGUCACAGCCCUUCUCCUUGCGCCAGUAUCUCCAGCACCCUGUCAGAGAUGACGGACAACUCCCCUCAAGAGAGCUACGGCUCGUUCCUCACAGUGCCAACCUUCAAUUUCGGCUUCGAAAGGAGAGCCUCCGAGGGCGUUUCAACGGAGAAGUUGAGGAGCGAUCCUGCCAGUCAAAUCGUUCUGGCUGAAGAGAUAAUUAAAUUAUCCGAACGCCUCCGAUCCAUAGCGAUGGGGGCGUGCAUGAACGAGGUGGAGUCCCCAGCGGAGGACAAGGUUAAUAAGAUGGAGAAGGUUGAAGAUAAGGAUAAGAGGAACGGUGUCGGCUCGAGGAGCAACGGUUUGAUUGCUGGGGAGGGCGCGACCGAGUGCAACGAGAUUACGGAAAAAUUGUCGAGCAUAACGAGGCACAGGAAAUUGAACGGGACGACUUUCCAUAGUAAUCGUAAUUUUGAGAAAUACACGGAGACGAAUAGCGGAGGAAAUAUGUUCGCCUCGUUGAAGAAGAAGAAACAGAAGAAGGAAGAGGGAAGAAGCGAGGAGAGUGGAAAGGUUAGGGGAGAAUCUUUCGGGGAGCAAGUGGAAGAUUUGACGAACGAUAAGAACGAGAGAGUAUCCGGGAGAAAGGAAGGUGAGAUGGAUUUGACGCCACCGUGGCGGCGUCCACGAGUGAGACAAUUUGGCGAGACGAGUAGGGAUGUUCCACGAAUUUCUGGACUUCGUAAUUUGCAUAAGAGCCUGAAUCUCGACGAGCCCACUAGCACUAAGGAUUUGUUGCUCCAUUUGCUUGGUGAAUGGGAAGAGGUUUCCAUGAGGCCGUCGGGCGGCCGGAAGUCCGUGAGCGUCGAUUGGUGCGGCGAGGAAUCUGUAGCUAGGAAGACGAUGAAUUCUUUGGCCGAGUAUUUCCAGUCGAAGCAACAAAAAUCGACGACCGCCAAUGUUAAUUCGCCCACAUCGAGUUCGAUACAUCGUUGAAAUCAUCGAGUCAAAAUUUGUUAUGUCGGAUUUGUCAUUUUUUUUCUUUUCUUUUUCGACGACAAAGGAUGCGUUCGAUUAUUGUGAAAUUCUCAGGGCAGUGCGAGAAAUUGAGAAACGGAGAUGACGAUGAAACUUUGUAAUAUGUUAUUUUAACGCUUGUGGACGCGACCCUACUUCCGGUUUGAGUGGAGUGAACAGAGUUUGUAAUGAGUGUGCGUUGAUGUUUACUUGAAUUCAUUUAUGUCGAAUUUGGGUAAACACGUGAGUUCCUGAUUGUUCGUGUUAUAAAGUUUAUUAUGUUCGAUUUGAAAAAAAAAAAAAGAAAAGAUCGAUUAUUAAAAUUUUUCAAUAAUCAA